GCCAUGUCGCGUAGAUCUACCUCUCUUAUAGACUCGAUGGACUCGAGAGCCAGAAAUAAAAAGAAAUUAAAAAAUGUUAUCUAUCUUUCUCUCUCAUCCACUCUUACUCUCUAUCUGUCUCUAUCACCGCCGCCUACCAUCAUCCUACUCUAAAACCCCUACGACACGCCCAAAUGCGAAAAGUGCAAGAAAAACCACGACUGCCAGACUUACUACGCAUGUCCGAAAAGGUAUUUCAUGUCACCAUGUCGCUCGCUCCUUUCACACCGCAACAACCACAGUGGGCGCUUAGUCUAACCGUGAUGAUUCGAUGACUUUAAAGACUAUUUUACAUAUCUAACAAAUCUAACAAAUAAACUCUUUAAUGUUAAGAUCUCGAUAGCCCUUUGCAA